GACAUGAUGCCAAGAAAAGUACCUUUUGGCAUGAUACAUUCACACUAUCACGCAGUAUUCUUAUCUGUACAUGGAAGCACCAAUACCCGACCCAACAUAACCAGAACAAACAAUACCCGACCCAACAUAAACAGAACAAACAUGAAAUACUAGAAACACUCAUCAAGCCUCUUUUUGCCCUUUGAUCUCUGUUGUUAGUUUGUCGACGGCCUACAGAUCCAGCUUAUGGGUCUUACAGCAACGGUGUAUUCUCCCCACAAGAAUUUCUGAAUACGCUGACUUUGACAUGUAAACAGGGAUAUGAGGUUCACGGUAACCCGAAGGUGACUUGCAUCACAGCACCUUCCACUACUACCCCACUAGCCACAUGCGCCAAGAUAUGUCAAAAACCAAGUUUACCAAACGGAAUUUUUAAAGGAGAUACAUUCAAUUCCGCAUUUGGAAACAAUGAACUGAGGGGAGUUUGUAACGAUGGCUAUACAGCCACACAAACACCUAACGCGACUUGCGACAUUUUUGGCACGGUGACUGUGAUGGGCAAAUGCGACACCUGUAAUCCAAGGUGUACGGGGGGACUGAUGUGUGGUAACGGAACCACAUGCCAAUAUGUUAUGGUGCAUACUCCCAACCGGACCAGCCUCCUCAUGCAGCAUAACGUAGUGCAUUGGGAAGCGGAGGUGGAGUACUACGACCAGGUGGCAGGCGAGUGGUUUGAAACGCAAAACUUUACGGUCCGCCUCCACCACGAUCCAAUCCGCAUUCUGAUGAAGGUCGGACACAAGGGCACGUAUUUCCGAUCGCGCAUCGAUAUAUACGUCCCGAAGAUCUACACAAUUUCACUCACCUCCACCGGCACCCCACCAAGAGGCUACCCUGUGUACACCUGGCCAAUGUUCCCGUUUGCUGCAUACGACACUAAACGAGCAGCGGUCACCCUGUCUUUGCCGACGGUUAACCCCACGGCCAAACUGAGCGUGCAGAUUGGUCUAUUAAAAGGCGCCAGCACGUCGAUCACCACGUCCGCCAGCACCGUAACACUAACAAAUGUCAGAACAACAGGGCCCUUCUAUUUCCGCAUGCUUAGUCUCGCAUCGAAAUACAGUUCCUCGUCUGCAUAUACUCAGAAAGUGUUCUUCCAGAUCUCACAUUUUGCUUAAUGCCGCACUGUUGGAGGCGAUGCAGCUUGAAUUUGCAAGUA